CAGGAUUCACCAGAGACAAUCCUAGAUACAAACAUCUUACCUGAAGAGAAGAACUGGACCGUUGCUCAGUGGGUCAAAGUCCUGUUUUCAGAUGAAAGUAAAGUUUGUAUUUCAUUCAGAAAUGAAGGUUCCAGAGUUUGGAGGAAGAAUGAAGAGAACCAGAAACCAAGUUGAUUAAAGUCCAAAGUGAAACUGACUGGAUAGAAAUUAAAAGUCUUUUCAGAAACCUGAUAUCUCUGUUUAGGAUAUUUAUGUUUUUAUUGGUCUUAUGCAGUUUUCUAAUUGUCUGUAAAUAAUAAUCAUGAAAAUUACAAGAAGGCUCAGAGAAUAUAAUCUAAAUAUUUUAUUUAGAUAUAAACAAUCUAAAUAAAAUAUUUCAUAAUAAAAGUGUCAGAAGGAGCAGAGAAUAAAAACAUGUUCUGUUGUCUGACGGCUGUAUAGUUUUAUUACCACAAGGUGGCAGUAUUGAUCUGUUUCUAAAUAAAGUUAAAUCUGUAGCAGGAAUCCAGAUGUUCCUUGUAUUGUUAGUGAUGCUGUUCCUGAUGUUCUGCUGCCUCUCCUCCUCUUCCUCUCUCAGGAUGAAGAUGAUCUCCAGGAUCCUGCUGCUCCUCAUCCUCAGCUCAUGUCUCUGUGCAACAUUUGUAGUGAAUGUGACACAGAGCAGCUAUCAGGCAGAGGAGAACCACAGCAUCACUCUGGAGUGGACCUUCACCACCAAGACUCAGGGAUCUUGGAGCCAACUGUUCAUCACCUGUGAAUUCAUAUCAUCAGUAAAGCCAGGGGUAACAAUAUAUGUUUAUUGUGAUGGUGAUGAGAUUCCAGAUUCUCAGGAUGAACAGUUUUCAGGACGAGUCCAGAUUGACAAAGACGUCCUCAGAGAAGGACGAAUCAGACUCCAUGUGUCCAGACUGAGGACUGAAGACUCUGGUCUGUAUCUGUGUGAUGUGAAAACUGAAGAUGGAUUCAACUCUGGAAGAUGUCGACUCAACGUUACUGCAGCUGCUGAUGUUUCUCCAACCCAGAGAACGACCUUGGAUCCAGAACCAGAAGGUCGAGGAAGGAUCGGCCUCCAUGUUUCUCUCGGACUGACAGCAGCAGCAGCAGCAGCUCUGAUGGUCAAACUUUUCCUGAGUUUCAGUUCAAAGGGUUGAUAUGGAUGAUGAUCCUGUGGGCAGGAAGGAGCUCCAGUAGCAGUCUGUGUUGGACUGAAUAUGAAGAAGCCUCUGACUGAAGACUGUUGCUGUUUGACCAAAUCAUGGCUGCAUGACAAGCAAACAGGUCAAAUAUCAGACAGCAGAGAAAAUAGUUCACUGAAACACUGGAUGACAUCAUCAGGCUCUGCUAAUCCACCUCAUCAGCUUUUGCUUCUCCUCUGUAGAGAGAGAGUAAGUAGUAAAACAAUACAUUGUUGUCAUGGUUACGUAUCACUACAACUGUCUGAAAGUAAAAAGUGUAAGAGCAAAAAUCCUUCUAGUGGCAGAGCAUCCAGAACCAGAGGGAAACCAGAACCAGAACCAAUCAGAGCCGACGUAGCUGAGCUGCUCCAACAUGGCGCCUCCAUGUUUUCUCUGUUUAUUGAGAUCAAACUUCUGGACUUUGGUCUCAUCGGUCCAGAGGAUUUUGGUCCAGGAGUCGUUUGGUUCAGUUCUGAUGACUUUGUCCAGUUCAGUCCAGAUUAAUGGACGUUUUUACACAAGUUUAUAAUUUAAGUAAAAACCAGCUGGUGAAACGUUUAUAAUACAUGUUAUUUUUUUAAACAACUGAUUUUUAUAAAUGUUUUUAUAUGUAAAAUAUUUUAAUUUAGUGAAUGAAUGAAUCUCAGUAAAAAAAUGAACAGAGUCUUUCCAUCUGUUGUUUUGAAUCAACUUUAAAAAGUUUUGUUGAAGCAAAUUUAUUGAAGUCAUUUUUCUCAGAGCUUUGAUUCAGAAAGUAUUAAAAUUCAGUCAUUUCAAAUGAAUCAACAUGAAUCUCAAUGAAAAGCUGCCAGUGAGUCGUUUUCUCAGCUUUCAGCUCCAAAAGGUUCUGUGGAUCAGAACCAUCCAGUUAUUAAAGCUGAACAGCUGAGAGGUUUUGUUACUGUGAUCAGUUUAUCUGCUUUGUUUUCUGUUUCUGCUGUUAAAAUGUAAAUAAAUCAGUUUUAUAGAAAGAU